AUGUGUAUUCUGAAUGCGCAGAUACAGGCUUGUCCGCUGGCUAUUGCGGACGCGGUGUGGGACAGCGGCGAGUAUUACUGGGAGAUCGUAGAUAACACUAGCAAAGAGAACGGGAUCGACAUCAUUAUGGCCGACAGGACCUUCCAUCUCAUCGCGGAAUCUCCCGAAGAUGCCAGCCAGUGGUUCAGCGUGCUGAGUCAGGUCCACUCGUCCACAGACCAGGAGAUCAGAGAGAUGCAUGAUGAGCAGGCAAACCCCCAGAAUGCCGUGGGCACACUGGAUGUGGGGCUGAUUGAUUCUGUAUGUGCCUCUGACAGCCCUGACAGGCCCAACUCAUUUGUGAUCAUCACGGCCAACCGGGUGCUGCACUGUAACGCGGACACGCCAGAGGAGAUGCACCACUGGAUAACGCUGCUGCAGAGAUCCAAGGGGGACACCAGGGUGGAGGGCCAGGAGUUCAUCGUCAGAGGGUGGCUGCAUAAGGAAGUGAAGAACAGUCCAAAGAUGUCCUCGCUGAAACUGAAGAAGCGGUGGUUCGUGCUGACACACAAUUCCCUGGAUUACUACAAGAGCUCAGAGAAAAAUGCUCUGAAACUGGGCACUCUGGUCCUCAACAGCCUGUGCUCCGUUGUGCCCCCAGAUGAGAAGAUAUUCAAAGAGACAGGUUACUGGAAUGUCACCGUGUAUGGGCGCAAACACUGUUACCGACUCUACACGAAGCUACUGAACGAGGCGACUAGGUGGUCCAGCGCCAUUCAAAAUGUGACUGACACCAAGGCUCCAAUCGACACGCCCACCCAGCAGCUGAUUCAAGAUAUUAAGGAGAACUGCCUGAACUCAGACGUGGUGGAGCAGAUUUACAAGCGGAACCCAAUCCUUCGCUACACACAUCACCCACUGCACUCCCCGCUCCUGCCUCUUCCCUACGGGGACAUAAACCUCAACUUGCUUAAGGACAAAGGCUACACAACCCUUCAGGAUGAAGCCAUCAAGAUAUUCAAUUCACUGCAGCAACUGGAGUCCAUGUCUGACCCCAUCCCUAUCAUCCAGGGCGUCCUGCAGACCGGCCACGACCUGCGGCCUCUGCGGGAUGAGUUGUACUGUCAGCUCAUCAAGCAGACCAAUAAGGUGCCCCAUCCGGGCAGCGUGGGCAACCUGUACAGCUGGCAGAUCCUGACGUGCCUCAGCUGCACCUUCCUGCCGAGCCGAGGGAUCCUCAAGUACCUCAAGUUCCACCUGAAAAGGGUACGGGAACAGUUCCCAGGAACGGAGAUGGAGAAGUAUGCCCUCUUUAUCUACGAGUCUCUUAAGAAAACCAAAUGCAGAGAGUUUGUGCCUUCCCGAGAUGAAAUUGAAGCUCUGAUCCACCGUCAGGAAAUGACGUCCACGGUGUAUUGCCAUGGCGGAGGUUCCUGCAAGAUCACCAUCAACUCGCACACCACAGCUGGGGAGGUGGUGGAGAAGCUGAUCCGGGGCCUCGCCAUGGAGGACAGCAGGAACAUGUUUGCCCUGUUUGAGUACAAUGGACAGGUGGACAAGGCCAUCGAAAGCCGGACCAUCGUGGCUGACGUCCUGGCGAAGUUUGAAAAGCUGGCUGCCACAUCAGAAGCCGGGGACACGCCAUGGAAAUUCUACUUCAAACUUUAUUGCUUCCUGGACACCGACAGCGUGCCAAAAGACAGCGUGGAGUUUGCGUUUAUGUUUGAACAGGCCCAUGAAGCAGUCAUCCAUGGGCACCACCCAGCGCCUGAGGAAAGCCUCCAAGUGCUGGCUGCCUUGAGACUGCAGUACCUGCAGGGUGACUAUACCCUGCACACCUCGGUCCCACCCCUGGAGGAGGUUUAUUCUCUGCAGAGACUCAAAGCUCGAAUUAGUCAGUCAACCAAAACCUUCACUCCGUACGAACGCCUGGAGAAGAGGCGGACCAGCUUCCUGGAGGGGACGUUGCGGCGGAGCUUCCGGACCGGGUCGGUGGUUCGGCAGAAGGUGGAGGAGGAGCAGAUGUUGGACAUGUGGAUUAAGGAGGAAAUCUGCUCGGCUCGAGCCAGCAUCAUCGACAAGUGGAAGAAACUGCAGGGAGUGAACCAGGAACAAGCCAUGGCCAAGUACAUGGCCUUGAUCAAGGAGUGGCCUGGUUAUGGAUCAACACUCUUUGAUGUGGAGUGCAAAGAAGGUGGCUUCCCCCAGGAGCUCUGGCUGGGCGUCAGCGCAGAUGCCGUGUCUGUGUACAAGCGUGGAGAGGGCAAGCCGUUAGAAGUCUUCCAGUAUGAACACAUCCUCUCUUUCGGGGCACCCCUGGCCAAUACGUACAAGAUCGUGGUUGACGAGCGGGAGCUGCUGUUUGAGACGAGUGAGGUGGUGGAUGUGGCCAAGCUCAUGAAGGCGUACAUCAGCAUGAUUGUGAAGAAGCGCUACAGCACCACACGCUCUGUGAGCAGCCAGGGCAGCUCCAGGUGAAGACGAGCGAGCCCACGUGUCUUUCCGAUCUGAACGUGCCACUCUUUGCCUGGGCCAGCGCCGGCGCCAGGUCCUGACCCAGCUUUGGAAACACAGCUGCCCAGGGUUCUGGAAACAGUCGACAGAGGGAGGAGUCCCCGGGGCUCCCUUCAUCUAUCAGCCUCAGUGAUCAUGUAUUAAGCUGUCAGCCUUUAACCGUCUGCACAGUCUCUUAAGCUUUAGUAUUCGUAGGUAGUUGAUACUUGCCUUAAAGAAAGGGGAGAAAACCACGCAGCCACCAAAGCAGCCAGAAGUGCCUUAACUCGCAGAAUCGACCCUGAUCGACCUUAACUGUGCUACUGAGGGGAGGCGCUUUCGCCUCCUGGUGGCGUUUGCUGCAGAGCUUGGAGGCGGGGCAUAGAACCACUGAUUGUGCACUAACCUCCCCAACCUGAUUUCCUAAGUGUGAGGGAAGCUGAGGGAGCAGGGACGGGAGACAGAGCGGAAGGGGACAGUGUGUUGUUGGAGCGGAGCGCUGCUGGCAGCCUUCCUUAUGGACGUGUAUUAACAUUUUUGCUUUGUUUCGACUGUCUGUGCUUGCCCACGCAUGCGCGUGUUCACACACUCAACACUUUUAAAUCAUUGUCCUGUGAGCAUUAAACACAAAGGGAAGGAGGAUGUGCAAUGCUGUAAACAGUCUGUAGAUUUUCCUAGUUCAGAGUUCUAGUCUCCAGGUGGCUUUAUUAACUGACACGGAUCCUGGAUGUUCCUGUCUUUGCUGUACUUCGGGAAGAGACGUUAUGACCCAGUUUUGUUUUGUUUUUUUACAUGUAGCAGGGGCUGCAGCGACCUGCGACUGCUGUAUUACUAACAGGUUCGCAGCCCAGAGAGAUAACUGUAUUUAUAAACCACUCUUAAACUGCUGGCUCCAGUGUUGUUUUUAGUACAAUAUGAAGUCAUUUUGGAGUCUUUUAUUUCUAAAAGUUAAGUUAAUUCUUUUUUUUUUUUUUUUUUUUUUUUUGGUCUUUUUUGAAGGGUAACAUGUAUCAUCACUCUGGCUAGAUUGCAGAUAUAACCAUGUCAAAUGUGAGGGGAGCUGCUGCAUUCCCAAACUCUGUACCCCUCAAGCAAACCUCUAAGGGACCCCCGCCCCCGACAGAAAUGCUGAGGCUUUAAUGGAAUUCACACAUUGUUUCAUCCGUAGUUUCUAAAGGUGGCCUGAACACAGCACCUGUAAAUAACAGCGGUUGUAACCAGAAGAAAAGGAAUCUGGACUGGGACUUUUAUUUUUAUAUGGUAAAAAAAUAUAUAUAUAAAAGUGGGCCAAACUAGUCUACUCACAAAGAAAGAAAAGUUACCUUGGCCUUAUCCCUUACGGACAGCUACGUGGAAGCAGUGUCUCUUGGCUCACAAAGUGUGACAAUAAAGGACAGUAAUGUGC